AUGUUCGGAUCGGGUGCUUCAUCUGGUGGUUUCGGAAGAUCAGCCUCUACAGGGGGUCUGUUUGGUGGUAAUUCCUCUUCAAAUACUGGAGGUUUUGGAAGCUCAUCAACAAACACAACAAAUAAUAGUGGUGGUGGGUUAUUUGGUGCUAAACCAGCACAACCUGCUACUGGUGGUGGUUUAUUCGGAGGUCAAACAAAUCAAGCUAGUGGUAAUACUGGUGGUGGAUUAUUUGGAGGAGCAAAUAACAAUACAACAUCAGGUGGAUUUGGUUCAAAUAACAAUACUACAAAUACUUCUGGUGGUGGAUUAUUUGGUAACACAGGUAAUACAACUGCUCCAGCUCCAUCAACCGGUGGUGGUCUUUUUGGUUCAGCAAAUAACAAUAAUAACACAGCAGCUCCAGCUUCAGGUGGGUUGUUUGGAUCUAAACCAGCAGCACCAGCAACUGGUGGUGGAUUAUUUGGAAAUACUAAUAAUGCUUCAACUACUCCUUCAACUGGAGGUGGUUUAUUUGGUGCUAAACCUGCUCAACCUGCUCAACCUUCUACAGGUGGUGGUCUAUUUGGAAACACAAAUAACAAUAAUACAUCUACAGGAGGUGGGUUAUUUGGUAACAAACCAGCUGCUCCAGCUCCAGCUACAGGAGGUGGUUUAUUUGGAAAUACUUCAAACAACACAGCACAACCAUCAAGUGGUGGUCUUUUCGGGAAUAAUAACAAUAAUACAACAGCUCCAAGUACAGGUGGUGGUCUUUUUGGUAACAAACCAGCCACUGGUGGUGGUUUAUUUGGAGGAUCAUCUACUACACAACCAUCAAGUGGGGGUCUUUUUGGUAACAAUAACACAUCAAACACUGGAUCCUCAUUAUUUGGUGGGAAUAAUACACAAAAUCAAUUUGGUCAACAACAGCAGCAACAGCAGCAACAACAACAACAAUCAUUACAAUUACCUCAAAUAACACCAUUAACUACAGUUGGUGAUCUUCCUGAACAAUUUAAAAGAGAAAUUGAACAAUUUGAUCAAUACAUCCAAAGUCAAGUACAAAUAUCUGAACAAUUGAAAGCAGAACAAGAUGAACAUGCAGAAGUUAUUGAAAGUAUACCAAGAGAUAUUGAAUAUUUACAAAAUAGAUACAGCUCAACAAAUCAAGCAUUAGCUAAUGAUUUAACUAUAUUACAAGAUAUGAGAACAUCAACAGAUGAAGCAUUACAUGAUUCUGAAAAUUUCUUCCAAAUACUACAGAGAUUAUUAACUGCUGGUAGUAAAGUCUCAUCAGUGGAAUUAGAUUUUUAUUUCAACAAAAAAGUUGAACAUUAUAAGGCAAAACUUCAAGAAUAUACUAGAGUUCUUAGUGAAAUAGAUUCUGCAGUGGAAAGUAUUGAAAAAUAUUCAGUUAGUGAUUUAGGAGGUAUUGAUUUGAUCAUCAAUACUUUACAUGAAGAAUUCAAUUUAUUCAUGGAAAUUGCAAACACCGUUGCAGAUAUACAUCAAAGAGUCAGAUCAUUGGGAGAAGUAUCCCAAAGUGUAAAAGUAUAA